AUGCAGUUAUAUCACCAUCCUUACUCAUUAGACAGCCAAAGAGUAAGAUUAGCUUUGGAAGAGAAAGGCAUUGAUUACACAUCAUACCAUGUGAAUCCCAUCACAGGCAAGCACAUGGACUCUUCCUUCUUUAGAAUGAAUCCCAACGCCAAACUUCCCGUUUUCAAGAACGGCUCUCACAUCAUUUUGGACACUAUCGAGAUCAUAGAGUACUUAGAGAGAAUAGCUGAGGUGUCUUCUGGUGUAGAAGAUGCUACUUUUGGCAGAGAAGUUCUUGAAUGGAUGCGGAAGAUAAGGGAAUGGGACUCCAAGCUUUUCACUCUUGCUCACAUACCUGACAAUCGCCGUCUCUAUGUUUCCAAGUUCUUGAGGAUGGUUGUGAUUGCAAGGAUGGCUGAGUCUCCUGACUUGGCUAGUGCUUACCAUAGGAAGCUAAGGGAAGCUUACGACACCGAAGACAAACUGAAAGAUCCCGAGGCCUUAAGGAGAAGCAAAGAACAUUUGAUAAGGCUUCUAGAUGAGGUUGAAACGAAGCUAGAGGGGACUACAUAUGUGGCAGGGAAUGAGUUUAGUAUGGCUGAUGUGAUGCUUGUCCCGGUGCUUGCUCGGUUAUCGCUGUUGGAUUUAGAAGAGGAGUAUGUAAGUAGCAGGAAGAAUCUUGCUGAGUAUUGGACUGUUGUGAAACAGAGACCAAGCUACAAGAAGGUGAUUGGAAGGUACUUCAAUGGAUGGAGAAGAUAUGCAACACUUGUAAAAACUUGGAUGUUUGUUAGAGUCAGAUGUUUGCUUAGAAAAUAUUGA